UAGUCGGCGCGGCGCCUGCGCGGCGGAAGGCGGAGCGAACCGGGCUGCGGCGGCGGUGACAGCGAUAGCCACCGAGGCGACCGCGAUAGCGGGUGGCAGGCCAUGGGCGGCCUGUGGCCCGCAGGCGGCGGCCGGGGCCUGCAGCUGCCGCUGCCGCUGCUGCUGACGUCUCUCUGGGCGGUCGCCGUGGCGCUGGAGCUGGCCUACGUAUUGGUGCACGGGCCCGGGCUGCCGGCUGCGGGGCCCCUGGCGCGGACGCUGCACAUGCUGCUGGCUGCCUUCCAACUGCUCAACCUCUUGGGCAACGCGGUCCUCUUCCUGAGCCGGAACCCGGGCAUUGGCGGUGUGCUGCUGGCUGGCCGCGCCGUGGGCCACGGCUGGGAUUACUGCUACCAGUGCCAGAGCCAGGUGCCCCCGCGCAGCGGGCACUGCCCAGCCUGCAGGGUCUGCGUCCUCCGGAGGGACCACCACUGUAUGCUGCUGGGGCGCUGCGUGGGCUUCAGCAACUACCGGCCCUUCCUGUGCCUCCUGCUCCACGGCCUGGGCCUCCUGCUCCACGUCACGGCCCUGCUGGGCCCGGCUCUGGCCGCCGUGCUGCGGGCCCACUCGCCCCCCCACGCCCUGACGGUGCUGCUGCUGCCCUGGCUCAUGCUGGUCACUGGCGGCAUCACCCUGGGCCAGUUCGCCCUGACCUUCGUGGCAGACACGUGUGUGGCCGGCGCUCUGCUCUGUGGCGCCGGGCUGCUCUUCCACGGGCGGCUGCUGCUGAGGGGCCAGACCACCCGCGAGUGGGCCCACGACCUGCGCCUCUACGACCUGGGCCCCCGGCACAACCUGCGGGCCGCCCUGGGCUCCCGCUGGGCCCUGGUGUGGCUCUGGCCCUUCCUGGCCUCUCCGCUGCCUGGGGAUGGGAUCACUUUCCAGACGACCCAAGACUGAGGAGGAAGCCAGGCCCAGGGGCCCGGGCGGGCCCGGCGGCCUGAGCUCUCCAGGUUCGGGGGCCCUGUGGAUUCGUCCCCAGCCCGAGGGGCUGCUCCCUCUCCCCUUGUCUUCGUCUACGUUCCGCUUGGGGGUUUGUCAGGCCUGCUGGGGGGGAGCCCGCCCGCCCGGCAUCGGCGGCAUCCCUGAUGCUGUGCGAUGGUCGGGCCGUUCAGGCCGAUUCUCUGUUUAGAGCCAGGCCGGAGAGCAGGACUUGAACCCGUGUCCAUUGGGGCGGGGACGGGCCCUCAUUGCACAGUCCAGGAGAAGGGGCUUUUGUGAUUUCUGAUUCACAGAUGAAAUGGGCUCAGAGAGGUCUGGGGACUGGCGGAGGCCGCCCAGCCCAGCUUCCUGAAGCAGGAGCCACGCGGGGGCCUCCUCUGCCCUCGGGGAGUGACCGCUGCCAGGACUGGGAGGAGGAGGAGGAGGAGAGCGCCUGGCGAUGUGUCGGGCCUCGGACCUGGGCACGAGGCCUCCAUCCUGCCCUGAAGGCCAGGCCCAGCCUCUCCGAUGUGUGGCUUCGAGGCCCAGGUCAGCGUCUCCCCAUCAUGAGUGCCCCACCUCCCUGUGCUUGCUGGGGGGGAGGGGGGCAGCCAGGGUGCAUUGUGGGAAUGAGUGAGCCACGCUGACUCGUCUCGGGGCUCCAUGCCGGAGCUCGCUCCGCUCCCCUCCCCUGUGGGUCUGCCCUGUGACAAGGCGUCAUUUGGUUGUGGAAACUGGGAGAAGAGGCCGGGCGGCCGGGCCACCUCGCCACCUCCGCCUGGUUCUCGAGCGUCUGUUGAGCCUAGGCCUGGCGGAAGGCGUUUGCACAGACGUGUGUGUCUCCAGUCACCCCCUUGUAGGUGAAACCCCCCUCUGUUUCCGGUCCCUGGGGGAGGGGCGCCUCUUCCUGACCCCCCCCCCCCAGUCCCCAUCUUUCCUCCACUAGAAAUCCGUUGCCUAACGUGUCGUGGCCCUGCUGGCCUUCUUGGAGUGUUUCCAAUGUGUAACGUCCGUCCCCCGUGUUUGGGCUCCAGCCUUCUGCCCAGGAAGGGGCUGCUCCCGCUCCCGAUGUGUCCGGCAAUUGGCAUGCAUUGCUUAAUAAAUGGAAACCUUUGGAAGCUCAAA